GCAAAGGACAGUGUGGAGAAAAAGUUCAGUUAAUGUGCGAUUUGAGUUCAGAGUACAGCUUCAAAGCAGUGUGGAGAUUUCUCAAUAAUAUAAUGUAUAAUCUUCUAUUAAGAAAGCUUUUACAAACGUGGUUAAGAUGGCACUAAAUUGGCAUUAUUGUGGUAUUAGUGCCUUGUAUGAAUCAUUCUGAAGUCUGUAGGAGACAAUCCGCAAUUAUUGAUCGUAGAAAUGCAGUCCACAGGGGAAGACGACGACGACGGCUGUGACUUUCUGUUCAAAAUCAUCCUGAUCGGUGACAGCAAUGUAGGAAAGACCUGCGUGAUUCACAGUUUUAAGUCUGGAGUCUUUAGUGACAACCAUCAGAACACCAUCGGCGUUGACUUCACUGUUCGCAGCAUGGACAUCGAUGGCAAGAGAGUAAAAAUGCAGGUGUGGGACACCGCGGGACAUGAGCGCUUCCGCACCAUCACACAGAGUUACUACCGAAGUGCCCAUGGCGCCAUGAUCGCGUACGACCUGACCCGACGACCCACAUUUGACUCUCUACCACACUGGAUACAGGGAGUGGAACAGUACGGAGCCGCCAAUGUCAUCUUCGUUCUGAUCGGAAAUAAAUGUGACCUGGAGACCCAGCGGCAGGUGCUGUUUGAAGACGCUUGCACACUUGCGGAGCGAAAAGGAGCUCUGGCAGCGCUGGAGACCUCCGCCAAACAACAUCACAACAUCGAGGAGGCCUUUGAACUGAUGGCAAGAGAACUCGUAGUGCGACACGGAGGCGUAGUACCUCAGGACAACCAAUCAGAUUCACCCAGUAUUAUUCUGCACACUGAUUCUCAUCCAGUAAAAGAAGAGGAACAUCUGGAGAAGAAGUCAUGUGACUGCUGACUGACAGGUCCCGACAGGUCCCGACAGGUCGGCUAUUGCACAGAUAUUUCCAUCAGGCCUUUAGUCCAAAUGUCCAGGCAUUGGUUGAAAACAGGAAAAACAAGUUUGUGUUGCCACACUUGGAUCUCAAGUGAAGUACGUUGCUCCGAAAUACAGGAUUGUCACUUAAGUCUGAAGUGUGUAACUUUUUCAGUGUGUAAAAAACUUUUUUGCGUCCCAGCUUAAGAUGCACAGUCAAUGAUAAGUAAACCAUUCACAGGUUGAUUUCCUCAAAAAUGUAAACACUGUGUCUUUGUGGUGCUUUAACAAAUCUGAUGGCGUGUCAUUCGCUGUGGCUUUUUAACUUUGCCGGGUAUGUUUGGCUUUAAAAAAAAUCAAACAUCUGAUCAAACAACUUGGAAAAAGGGGCAUACAUGUUCACGGCAGUAUGGUUGAAAUGAACAAAUACAGUAAAAGGAGUAAUCCGGGUUAAAAACAAGUUAAGCUCAAUCGACAGCAUUUGUGGUGUAAUGUUGAUGUGACGUGGAGGAGGAUUGGGCCGGUGACUGUUCUGCCGGUUCCCGCCGCCUCCUUUCCCAUUUUAACCCUGUUACAUUGGUGCUGAAGCCCGGGAAGGAGGGAUGCGCUGUGGUGGAGUCUUCGCCACUGCCGUCCACCCAAAGGAGCAGCCGCGGCCAUCUGCAGGGGGACGGAGGCUUUGUUGCCGACCGACUGGAUGCGGAGGAACGGCGCCAUCCGCGAGGGGAGUAGGGGCUCACUGCCGGCCGCCUGGAGCAGUGGAGCCGCUGCCAGGGGCAGAGGAGUUCCCUACUGGCCGGCAAAACGCAGAGGGGCAUUCCAUCUGCCAGGGUUCAGAGGACUGGCACCAGUCCGCCCGGGGAGUAGCGGCUGUCAUCCACCAGAGGAUGGAGGAGUGAUCGAGGACCAGGUGAUGGUGUGUCAGGGAACCGGGGAGCAAGUGUUUGUCUUUCUCUCUCUCUCUCUCUCUCUCUCUCACUGUCGCUCCACCUUGCCCAUUCCUCCCCUCGUCCCCCCUCCCCAGCCCUAGAGGGGUGGGGGAAAGCCUGCCGGAGGCGGGGCCAGAAGGGCUCAUCCCUCCUUUUCUUUGUAAAAAGCAACUAUCGAGGUUCCAGUGAGACACUUAUAUUAGAAGUCAAUGGGGCCAAUUUUUGGAGGGUUUACAGGCAGAAGUGUGACGUUUAUAAUUUUAUGAAAGCGCUUAUAUAAAUUCUUCUGUUAAAACUCAUGUGUUAUUUGAGCUGUACAGUUAUUUAAAUUGUCGUUUUAGGGUUUACAGCGUUACGUUGUCAUGGCAACGAAGCUGCCAUAUUGGCUACAACUUUACACAAAUGGUUAGUUAAUGAUUUUAUCACACUAAAAUCAUCUUGACACACAUAUUUUUUUUUCUUGUGGCUAUCCUUUUAAAACAGUGAGUAUUUGAACGUUGCCCCAUUGACUUCCAUUGUAAGCGGCACACUGUAACACUUUUUAGAUUUUUAGAAAAAGAGGGACGAGUCAACUAAUUUAGGUGGUUUUGUGUAGUAAACAUUACGCCAUAAAUGCUGUUGAUUGAGCUUAACUUGUCCUCAACACAAACCCAGAAUAUUCUUUUUAAUACAGAUAUUUCACAAAAAAUAAAACGUAGUUAUUCUCGAAACAUCACGUUUUAGAUUAAAAUUGUAGUAUAUUUGGGAGAAGCUUUAUUGACAUGAAAAGUGACAGGAGACAUAUGUUACUAUUUAGUGUAAAUGCCGAUUUGUCUAGACAUAACUAAUGUAAAAUGAGAAAUAACAUGAUGACCAAGUGGAAAUGUAAGUAAAUGUACACACAAAAAAAAAAUCAGACGUCUCAAACAAUUUAACAAUUGCAUUUAAUGAAUUAACUCUGUGAACAUACAGUAUAUACAAGUAUAACAUUAUGGUGAAACUCUUAUGGCGUUCUUCGUUAACACAUGAUUAUAAAUUUAUUGGGUUAAAUAUGAAUGGAAGGAUUUGUGUAUUAAAACGUUUAUAAUCAAUCACACCUCAUUGUUUUGAAUUGCAUUUGCAGUCUUAUAAACGCAACGCUCAUGCCAUUAUGAAGCUGAGAAACCUGGAGGCGUGGCACAAAUUAUUUUAGCAAUUAAAAAAACGUAAAACAAAGCCAGAAAAUUGUGCAUUACAAUAAUUUGUGGAUUCAAAUCUUUAAAAACAUCUUACUGCUUUUUACUGUUCACAGUACAGCUGUCAAGUGGGCGUUCACACAGAGCGCGUUAUUGCGUAAAAAACAGCUUGGAGUGAAACUGAAUUGGAUAGAACGACUUUAGAAAAGUCAAAACGAUUUUAUCUGACUCAUCGUUGUCUUAAAAAUGCAAUGCUCAUGUCAAGAGACAUUACAAAAUCUGGAGACGUGGCACAAUUACUUUGUCAAUUAAAAACGUUUUAAUAAAGGCAGAAAAUGAUGCAAGAACGUGUCUUGUGUGAACGGUUCGUAAGAGUGUUCAGUGAACGCAAUGUCCACAUUUAGACUAACUGAGGCUCACGUGAACUUCAGUGGCAGGUAUUUCUGGGAACUCUCUCUCACACACACACACACACACACACACACACACAUGUUGUGUUUCCAUGUUUUAAGGGGACUUUCCAUAGACAUAAUGGUUUUUAUACUGUACAAACUUUAUAUUCUAUCCCCUAAACCUAACCCUACCCCUAAACCUAACCCUCACAGAAAACUUUCUGCAUUUUUACAUUUCCAAAAAUCAUAAUUUAGUAUGAUUUAUAAGCUGUUUUCCUCAUGGGGACCCACAAAAUGUCCCCACAAGGUCAAAAAUUUCGGGUUUUACUAUCCUUAUGGGGACAUUUGGUCCCCACAAAGUGAUAAAUACACGCUCACACACACACACACACACACACACACACGUACACACACACACACACACACACACACACACACGUACACACACACACACACACACACACACACACACACACACACACACACACACACACACACGUACACACACACACACACA